UGUAGCCUUGCACGCAUUCCUGCUCCGCUCAACAAAUUCGUUAGUUUCUCUAUUUCAUGCUCGUUUCUUGCUGGAAAUACUUGUACAUAUCCAUUACCCUUGCCAUUGCCAGCGCCAACGCCACUGUUGCCAUUUUGUUUGCCAGUCCCAUUGUCAUUGCCACUAUUGCCAUUGUUGUUGCCGCUAUUGCUACUGCCACUGCCACUAUUGCCAUUGUUUUUGCCGCUAUUGCUAUUGCCACGUCCACUAUUACUAUUGCCAUUGCCACUAUUGCCAUUGUUGUUGCCGCUAUUGCCACUGCCACUGCCACUGCCACUAUUGCCAUUGUUGUUGCCGCUAUUGCUAUUGCCACGUCCACUAUUACUAUUGCCAUUGUUGUUACCUCUAUUGCCACUGCCACUAUCAAUAUUGUCAUUGUCGUUGUCGUAGCCCUUGCCAUUGGUUGCUGCAGUAGUAAUGUGAAGGUAACUAAGUCCCAAAAUCAUCAACAACAACAAAGUCAUAGAUGUCAGUACUACUUCUUUUGCCAUGGUUUAACUAAUUAUAAGUUGGCAAUUGUAUAAUAAAAGUGUGUGAUGAUGGAAAAAAUAAAAUGAAAUUAACCACUUCUGUUGAUGUUGUGUUUGCUUCAAUAACAUUAAUUAGUUCAGUGUUUAUAUAGAAAAAAUUUAACAAUUA